GUCAUUUGCUGAACACAAAGGGUUAAGAAAACGGCAGUGAGAGGCCAAUCCCCGCAAGCACAUGACCCUUUGCUUUCAGUUUCACUUCUCCUGCCAUGGCGUCGGAGCUGCGAGAGGAGCUGUAUUGCUCCAUCUGCCUGGAGAUUUAUACCGACCCCGCAACCCUGCCCUGUGGCCACAACUUCUGCCAGGGCUGCAUAGGGCGGGUGCUGGGCACCCAGGAGGGGUCUGGGGUCUAUAGGUGCCCGGUGUGCAGAGAGAAAUACCCGGGGCGCCCUGCCCUGCGGAGGAACACAGUGCUGAGUAACAUAGCGGAGCAUUUCCGGGCAGCUGAGCCCCAGAGAGACGGCACCGCAAUCCUCUGCACCUACUGCACCCACUCUCCUACUCCUGCUGCCAAAACCUGUUUGCACUGUGGGGCCUCCCUGUGCGAUACCCAUGUGGGGGUGCACCCCGAGUCGGCCGAGCACGUCCUCACCGAGCCCACCGCUUCCACCAGGGGCAAACUUUGCUGCAUUCACAAGGAAGCCCGCAACUAUUACUGCCCCCACGAUGAUGUUUGUAUCUGCGCCUCCUGCUGCCUCGUCGGAGAGCACCGGGGGCAUCAGGUGGAGCCACUCUCCGAGGCUUCUGAGAAGAAGAAGGAGAAACUGAGGCAGCUCCAGAAGACACUGUCCCUAAAGAGAGAGCAGACCGAGGCGGCAGCCCAGAGUCUAGAGAGACACCGGAGAGAAGAGAAGAAUAGAGUGGCCACCCUGGUAGGAACCUUCACUGCCCUGUUCAAGGAUAUGAAGGAUCCCCUUAGGGAUGAGGCUCGGAGGUCCAGCUAUGAAAUAUCCAACAAGGAAAAUCAGGUAUCAACCACAGCCUCCGCCUUAAUCGGCAGAUUGGAGGCAAGGGCAGAAGAGCUGACCAUCAAAGUGGGUUACAUAGAGGACCUGUGCAACAUGGUCGACCCAUUAACUGUCCUUCAGGAAUGGGAGUCGGACAGUAUCUGCACGGAUCUAGAAGAGGACCUUCAGCUGAUGGAAGAACUUCAAGGGGUCCAUGGCACUUUGCGCGCCGUAGGGGCCGAAGCCUUUGUGACCCUUCAUACCCGCUCAGCUGAUCUUCUGCCCGAUGUUAAACCAACGCGAUGGUUUGAUGUCCAAGUGGCGUCGGACCUACGGGUGGAUGAAGACACGGCCGCCAACAAUGUGGUUGUAACUAGAGACCUGACCACCGUGUCCUGGUCGGGGACAAAUCAGCACCGGACGGAGUCGCCCAAGAGAUUUCAGUCGUGCCAGGCUUUAAGCUGCAGAGCUUUCUCCUCUGGGAAACACUACUGGGCGGUGGAUGCCAGCGAAUCGGGGGAUUGGAUGCUGGGGGUGGCGUACCCCACUAUAGAGCGGAGAGGCUCCUUUAUUGGCUACGGGAAUAGCAAAUCCUGGUGCCUGUGUCGGUGCCAUAAGGGGGACGCCAUGAUGCACGGGAGGGAGGUCCGAGUGUUGCACAAAUUAUCCUGCUGCAAAUUUGGGAUUUAUUUAGACUACGAGGCCGGGCGUCUGUCCUUUUAUGAGCUGAGCGCCCCCAUCAGGCACUUACACACCUUCACUGCCACCUUCACCGAGCCCUUGCACCCUGUAUUCUGUGUGUCUAAACGGCCAAACAGCCCUGAUAUUUCCUACUGCUGGAUCCGACUCCUGACGUAGGGUCUCACGUACUGCCAAGCUUAUAGUAACUGAGGAUGAAAAAGGACACAAUUCCAUAAGCUCUUGGGUACUGCCAAGCUUAUACAUAGCAACUGAGGAUGAAAAAAGACACAAUUCCAUAAGCUCUCGGGUACUGCCAAGCUUAUACAUAGCAACUGAGGUUGAAAAAAGACACAAUUCCAUAAGCUCUCGGGUACUGCCAAGCUUAUACAUAGCAACUGAGGUUGAAAAAAGACACAAUUCCAUAAGCUCUCGGGUACUGCCAAGCUUAUACAUAGCAACUGAGGUUGAAAAAAGACACAAUUCCAUAAGCUCUCGGGUACUGCCAAGCUUAUACAUAGCAACUGAGGUUGAAA